AUGUCCAAAAGCAUGCUUCUAACUGCCACUAUAACCGCUACGGCAUGGCUCUCGGUUCACCUCGUCCUACAGUCAGGGAGGAAAACGAAGGGCCUUUUCAUUCCAUCUCCAGGAACCACAGUUGUCCCCGAGCUCCAGGAGCAAGAGAUCGCGAAUCUACCGUAUCCUCCUGACGCUCUACCUGGAGGUCGAGACGCGAUUACCCCUUACGGAUCGAUACGCAUAUACGAGUGGGGCCCUGAAGAAGGGGAGAAGGUUCUCUUUAUUCAUGGUAUCAGCACACCGGCAGUGGCUCUCGGGGACCUUGGGCAUGAAUUUGCCAACAGGGGUUACCGAGUCAUGCUCUUUGACCUCUUUGGUCGUGGAUACUCUGAUGCGCCCACAGACCUUGACUACGACGCGCGUCUCUAUGUGACGCAGAUUCUGCUGGUCCUAGCCUCGUCUAAGUUGUCAUGGACAGCGUUCCAUCUCGUGGGAUAUUCCCUUGGCGGUUGUCUCGGUGUCUCAUUUAUGAGAUAUUGCCCGCAUAUGGUUAGAUCGCUCUCAUUAGUGGCGAGUGGCGGCCUGAUUCGACCGUACCAUGUAGGCUGGCAGAGUCGUCUGCUAUACAACUCAGGGCUCAUACCUGAAUUCCUAGUCAGGAUUCUAGUUAAGAGAAGAAUACGGCCUAAGGAUGAGCAGCUACCCUCGACCGCGGGCGGUGUGGAUAUCAUAUCCGUCGAGAUUAAGAAGCACUUCCCAAGUGGAGACGGUGAUUCCAACGGUGGUGAUGGAUUUGACAGUGCGACCAUUUCAAAAUUUCGACCAGAUGUUACCGUGGCCUCAAUUGUGAGAUGGCAAGUCGAUCAUCAUGAAGGGUUUGUCACGGCAUUUCUAAGCUCGAUAAGGAAUGCCCCUAUCUAUGCCCCCCAAGACGACUGGAAGCAUUUGGCUAUGAUACUUGAAACAAGAAGACAGCUUGAGCAUCCUAUGGAACUAGGAUCUAUUUCGGGGAUUCCCGCUGGGAAAGUACUCAUGGUAAUUGGAGAAGAUGACUCUGUUGUUGUCAAAGAUGAGAUAAUUGAAGAUGCAGAGCAGGUACUAGGGGUUGAUGGGGUAGAGUUUGCAAUUUUACCUGGUGGCCAUGAGUUACCUUUCACAAUGAGUUCUAGCGUUGCGAGUGCGAUAGACGGUUUUUGGCAUAGAUAA